AUGGUCAUUCCGCGCAUUAAAGCGGUGUGGCCAAUCGGAAAGCGCGUUGUGCUUCAGCACGACAACGCAAAGCCGCACGUCGCUACUGAUGGCCCAGAGGUGCUGGCCGCGUCCAAAACGAUUGAGGACCUCGUUGACAACGUCGACACAACUGUCAAACAGCUAAUCUACCCUGCUAUUGACAGAGUUUUCGUCACGAUCCAGCCCGAACUACAAGCUUCCAUGGAUGUAAACGGCAGCAACAAGUACAUGGUUCCCCAUCUGUCCAAUAGUCAGAUAGAGAAGAGAAAUGGCUUGCUCCCUCGCUCCUUACCUAGCACUGCACUAGUGUAUGUCAAAGCCAAAGUUCUUAAGUUCGGCUGA